AUGUGUUGCUGUUGUUCUGGAAGGAGAAGCGCAUGAAACGUCUCCCAGCGAGUCCUACUCAUUUAUAAACUCAUAUUUCUUAAUAAAAGACGCUUUAUUUCGCUCUUUAAACCAGAUAGUGAGAUAGUUUAGAGUUUAGUGAACCUAGUUAAACCGUUAAAAGCCCUCAUGGCGUCGCCGCCGCUGCAGAUGACGGAGAUGUACGACACCGCUCUGCUCGGCAUCCUGCAGCACGUCGGCAACAUCCGGGACUUCCUGCAGGUCUACUUCGGGUUUCUGUACCGAAAGACGGAUUUCUACCGGCUGCUGCGGAGCACCGACGACCAGGUGACCGGGUUACCUCCCGGGGCGGCGGACAAGAUGAUGGGCUUCCCUCCCGGGGCGGCGGAGAAGAUGGUGUUCAAGACGUUUAAGCUGUUUGAGAAGCUGGCAGAGCACGACAGAGAGCGGCAGCUGAGCGAGCUGCAGAAGAGAGAGGAGAGUCGAUGCGUUCCUCCGGCGGUUCAAGAGCUGGAGAUCGUCGCCGACUCGCCUCCCGAGGAGACGGAGGAGCAGAGCGCAGAGGAGAGCUGCUCUCCAGCUGCUCUUUCAGCUCCGGCCUCCUCAGGAGCGACCGCCAGACCUCAGCCCGCCAGCAGCAGCAGCAGCAGCAGCAGCAGCAGAGGUCCAGACCAGUUGGCUGCGGGAGACCAGGCAGCUGCAGCCAGUACAGCCUCAGCAGAAGAGAGUCGGGAGAAGCUCCAGUCGGACCCUGAGAGCUACAACGGGGCUGUGAGGGAGAACUACAGCUGGUCUCAGGACUACACCGACGUGGAGAUCCGCGUGUUGGUGCCAAAGACGGUUGUUAAAGGCCGACAGGUCAGAGUCAGUCUACAGCCCAGCAGACUGCAGGUGAGCGUGAAGGAGGGAGCUGAAGAGAAAACCCUGAUGGAGGGAGAGUUCACCCACAAGAUCAACACUGAGAACUCUCUGUGGAGUCUGGAGCCGGGAAGCUGCGUGGUCAUGUCGCUCAGUAAGAGCUCGGAGGUUUGGUGGAACGCGGUGCUGAAAGGAGAAGCGGAGAUCGAUAUAAACCAAAUCAACCGCGAGCGCUCCAUGGCGACGGUAGACGACGAGGAGCACGCCGUUCUGGACAGACUCUCCUUCGACUACCAUCAGAAGCUGCAGGGAAAACCACAGAGUCACGAAAUGAAGGUGCACGACAUGCUGAAGAAGGGCUGGGACGCCGAAGGCUCGCCGUUCAAAGGGCAGCAGUUCGACCCCUCCAUGUUCGACAUCCCGGCCAGCGCUGUGCAGUUCUGAAGCCACACGUGAACCGAUCCUGGUUCAUUCACAGAGCUGCUCGAAGUAAACGUUUACCUGCCUGCUGGACGUCUGUUUGGUCCUAAACUGUGAGAGCAGAACUGAAGAAGACGAGGACACGUCAUUAUAUCAAACCUUUAUUUGAUGUUCUGGCAGUAUGAAAUCUGAUAAAUAUGUCUGCUUUGUUAACAGUUUUGCUCUUUAUUUAAGAACUCUACAUGAGUGCCUACAUUAGUGAUCAUUUUCAGUUUUCAUUCUCAGAACAAUUCCCCCAAACUGUUGAGCAUUUAGUCGUCUCUCAGUCGGCAGGUUUCCUUCCAAAUGUAGCGCAGAUUUUAAACAAAUUGCCAGAAAAUCUGCAAACUGCUCUCAUGUUGACGUCAGGAGUCGAUUCAUCGAGAUAAACGGCUGGUUUGUAAGUAAAACUGGAAGCUAGAAAACGUUUUGUGGGCACCGUCUUAGAGUCCGGUAUCCGGUUCUUAUUAUAACGCAUCUCAAACGGUAGAAAACGUGAUGUAUUAAUGUGAGGAAGGUUACAGUCUCCAUCGUGUUUUCAGCUCUUCAGUGUUUCUGUUGCUUUUCGUUUUAAUGGAUACGCCAACGUUUCACCAUAUAUCCGGUUUGUUUUUGUUUUAUUUUAUGCGCAGAUUGACAAUGCUCAUAAAAACAGGUGGAUGUAAACCGACUUCUUGUUACUGGUUGAAUCUGUCACUCUCCAACUGAAGACAAAUCUUUUGGUUCAGACGUCCUCUUCAGUCAUAUAAAGCCAUGACGUUGUCCUAUGGUCUCUUAUUUUCUCAUCUAUUAUAAUAAGAACAGCAGAUGGACGAUAUUACAACAUGGAAAAGGACGACUGGAUGCUGUUUCUCUGCUUCAGCUGCCUCACAACCAAACACAAAACUCUUGUUAAAUAAAAGACUUGUUAAAUAUCAAACAUUAAAGCUCAUUCUUUUGAAG